CAGGACCAGUGUGUGGUGGGGUUUUCCCGCCACCGCCCCGCCCUGUCCCGGCCCCCACCUCGCCUGCCCUGCGCCCUUGGCCGUGAACCUGUCGGGCCGGGUCUGGGCAGGCCGGGAGGCAGGCGGAGCCCUGGGCCUCCCCACCUCCUGCCUCCUUGCGCCCCCGCCCUGUUCCCAGCACUCAGCCCUCUCCGCCCCGCCAAGCCAGGCUCCCAGGGUGUUGCAGGUACGGAAGUCCCAGGGGAGUAACCCCCCAGGAAGAAGGCGGCCCCCCACCUUGCAUGCCCUGGGGGUGGCCUGGGCAGUGGGGGGCCGGGGGCGAUGCCGCCGGGUGUCCUCUGAGGCCCCCACACCAUGGCCCGCUCGCUGACCUGGCGCUGCUGCCCCUGGUGCCUGUCGGAGGACGAGAAGGCUGCGGCCCGAGUGGACCAGGAGAUAAACAGAAUCCUUCUGGAACAGAAGAGGCAAGACCGGGAAAACCAAUCUCCGGAUCGUGGACGUCGGGGGCCAGAAGUCAGAGCGCAAGAAGUGGAUCCACUGCUUCGAGAAUGUGAUCGCCCUCAUCUACCUGGCCUCACUAAGCGAGUACGACCAGUGUCUGGAGGAGAACAACCAGGAGAACCGAAUGCAGGAGAGCCUGGCCUUGUUUGGCACCAUCCUGGAACUUCCGUGGUUCAAGAGCACAUCCGUCAUCCUCUUCCUCAACAAAACCGACAUCCUAGAAGAGAAAAUCCCCACCUCCCACCUGGCUACCUACUUCCCCAGUUUCCAAGGUCCCAAGCAGGACGCGGAGGCAGCCAAGAGGUUCAUCCUGGAGAUGUACACCAGGAUGUACGCCGGCUGCGCCGACGGCCCCGAGGGCAGCAAGAAGGGCCCGCGCUCCCGUCGCCUCUUCAGCCACUACACGUGCGCCACCGACACGCAGAACAUCCGCAAGGUCUUCAAGGACGUGCGGGACUCGGUGCUCGCCCGCUACCUGGACGAGAUCAACCUGCUGUGACCCAGGCCCCACCUGGGGCAGGCGGCACCUGCGGGCAGGUGGGCGGCAGGGGUGGCGGGAGCGAACCCCAAGGGCCGCCCGCCGCCGCCCCCUCUCUUCCCCGCCUCUCACCAGGACAGCCCCCCACCCCAUGCCAGUUCUCCUUCCCUUGCUUGACUCAGUUUACCUCCUUUGAAAGGGAGGGAGCAAAACGGCCAUUUGGGAUGCCAGGGUGGAGGAAAAGGGGAAGGAAUGAAGAGAUCGAGGACUUGGGCGGGUGGGUGUCUCGAAGGAGCCCCACCCCCGGGUCUUUCACCUGCUGGGUAGGGGUCUGGGACCCCUGUGGGUGAUGCACACCCGGGGAGUGGAGUGAGCCUCGGGCGCCUUCAGAGUGGACUCUGGCGCCCCCUGGUGGACAGCAGGAGGCGCUCCCUCCCGGAGGGGGGGCCGAGACCCCCACUGUCCCCAGGACCCGGCUAGGCGGGGACUUCGCUUUGCCAGCAGUAAGAGUCCCGAGGCUCAAGGUGUGCCGCGCCCACGUUUACAGACGAGGGAAACCGAGGCCCACAGGCAUCCUUCUCCUUCCCAGACUGGGAGCUGGGCAGGCUGCAUCUUAAAUGCAUGCAAAACGUUGUAUUUAUUCGCUCACCCUCAGCGGGGCCCCUUGCGGGGUGGACAUUAAAGACAUGACAUCCUG